AUGCCAAAUUCUCCUUACAGACAACUCAUCUUCCAAGCCGCAGCGCACGUGAAGACGGAGGAUGCCUUCAACUUCAUAAAGACUGGAAUUACCGAAGGCUACUUUAUUGCACCUGCGUUCCAACUAGGCAUGCUGGAGGACCCCUCAAUUAGUCAAAUCGUGGCACUGAAGGAAGCACUUCUGGCGACGGAUUUCCAGGCCUACGCGCUUGCAACGUCAACACUUGUGUUUAAAUUUUGUCAGCGGAACAAGGACUGCCUGGAUAUGCCUUCAGUGAGGUCCAUUAUUGAAGAACUUCAGUCUCAUCUGGGCACUUCCUGUGCUUGUGGUGACAAGGAGUCCACAGAAAAGGUAGGUUUUCAGCUGAUUAGAUUUCACAGAUCAGCAAAAUUAAAGUUGGUUGCGAACCGUAGAUACCACUAG